CAUCAAUCAUGAGCUCAUGCGGCGCAUUCACUCUGCUCACAACCAACAUAUACCCCAUUCGAGAUCCAUCCCCUGACAGACAGUAAUGGCGUAUAGAAUACCUCUACUAGGUCGGCUUUCCUUUCGUGAAUAUUUUGUUCUGGUGGCCGGCCUACUUUUCGUUGUCCUCGAGGGCUUCAUCCAUAUAAUCAUCCUCUUGCUCCCCAAAUUCGUCAUCAACUUCUGUUACCAACGCUCUCGCUCCCUCUUCCACCGCAUCGCUGGUCCGCCCAAGUCAAAAUCAGCUCAGCGUCUUCUCGCGGAUCGCAUACGAGAAGCCCGUGACUUUGCUGAAUUAUGCUCCAUCUACGGCUACACUCACGAAGAGCACGUUGUGUUAACCAAGGACGGGUACUUGCUGGGCUGCAUCGACUACCUUCGAAAAAAGGUCAACAAAAGGGGAAACAAGUACUCGAAAAAGUCAAUACACAAUGGCCCGAAUUCUACCAAAUUUUGGGACUACAGCAUGGAUGACUUUGCGUGGCACGAUAUCCCUGAUUCCAUCAACUAUAUUCUAGACUGCACCAAGGCAAAGACCUUGAGCUACAUAGGUUUCAGUCAGGGCACAGCUCAAGCGUUCGCUGCUUUGAGCAUCCACCCCAAUCUGAAUGAGAAAGUGAACGUCUUCGUCGCAUUGGCUCCAGCUAUGAGUCCUGCCGGUCUCGCCGCUUCGAUCGUGGAUAGUUUGAUGAAGUCCUCGCCAACCCUUCUCUAUCUGUUUUUCGGACGGAAAUCGAUCCUGCCGUCCACCGUAAUGUGGCAAUCCAUUCUCUACCCUCCGAUUUACACCAAAGUCAUCGACACUUCUCUCCGGUGGCUUUUUGCGUGGCGCAGUGACAAUAUCUCUACUCAGCAGAAGCUCGCUGCGUACGCUCACCUCUACUCCUUCGCAUCGGUCAAAUCUGUGGUGCACUGGUUCCAGAUCAUGCGCAACGGGCAGUUCCAGAUGUUCGACGACGAAGUGCAAUCGCCAGUCAUGCGGACUUCUGUGAGCAGCUAUCGACCGGCACGCUUCCCGACGCGAAACAUCGUCACGCCGAUUGUGCUGUGUUACGGCGAUUGUGACAGCCUGGUGGACAUUGACGUCAUGGUUUCCCAGUUGCCAGGUCACACCGUUUGUCGACGAAUGGAGGGCUACGAACAUCUCGACAUUCUCUGGGGAAAAGACAUUGACAUCGACGUCAUUCCGGAGGUCCUAGAUGCGUUGAAGCAGCACUGCGAGAAUCCUGAGAUGCUGCUUGUCAACGGAAGUUCGGUACGCGAGAAGAAAGUGGUCAUGUCAGACUGA